CAUGAGUUCAUACUUGGUCAACAAUUACACUUUCGAUUAUGGUAAUAGAAACGAAUUUGGAGAUUUGCAGAUCCCAAGAAACUAUCCUAAUGGACAGUUUACUAAUGACACAUUAUUCCCAACAAAUUUUUUUUCGGAACAACAGAUUCCUGCUCCUACUGAAAAGAUACAGACAUUUGAAAAUUUCAGACAAUAUUCAACAGAAAAAAUUUUGAAUCCAGGGGUUCCGAAAAUGAAUGUCGAGACAUAUGAUGAUAAGAAUAACCUUCCAAUCCCUGUUUAUCCAUGGAUGAAAAGAAUUCAUUCUCUACCUGAUCCUAAGAACGAUUUGAAAAGGAAUAGAACGUCUUACACUCGACACCAAACUCUUGAGCUAGAAAAAGAGUUUCAUUUUAACCGUUAUUUAACUAGACGUCGACGUAUCGAAAUCGCUCACACUCUUAAUUUAACAGAGAGGCAGAUAAAAAUAUGGUUUCAGAAUAGGAGAAUGAAAUGGAAACGCGAGCAGAAAGUGGGUCAAGAAGAAAAGCUCACUACUAAUAUAGCCCAACCACUACAGACAACGGCGUUUUAAAUAUGUGUACAUUUUUUGUAAUAAAGAUGAUUAUCAUUAAUGUAUUGUAUGCUAUUGAUAAUUUUUGACUAAAAUAUAACGUUUAAGCUGAAAAAAAAAUUGAUUCUUAAAUGUGCCAUUCCAAUUAUUUUUAAGGCUUUUGAGCUGCAAUGCGGAAUAAAUCGAUCGACAAUUCGACAAUAAACAAAUUAUGAAUACUACGAAUGCAGCAAUUUUGUUAAAACGCCG